CCGGGCGCUCGGCCGGCGGGGCGCAGAGGGGUGCAUGGCAGCAGCGAGAGAGCCGCGGCGGCCCCGGGCAGCAGCCCCAGCCGAGCCGCGCUCCGCUCCGCGGCAGCGCCCGAAGCAACUUUCUCGCUCCGCGGAGUGCGGGAGCGGGGAGAUGUGACCGCGCACCAGCCGCCCCGGCGGCGGAGCCUUCCCGGCGGAGAACCGCGGAGCGGAGCAGCGCGGAACCUCCUCGGCGGAGCAGGGCAGCGUCGUCCGUCCGUCCGUCCGUCCGUACCUCCCCGGCGGCGCCCGCAGCCCGGGGCGGGAGCGCGGAUGCAGCGCGGAGCCCGGCGGCUCGGCGGAGCCCAGCGCGGGCCCGGGCCCGGCCGGGGGGGGACGCGGGGCGCGGGGGGAUGCUGAGCCCCGCCGCCCGGCACCGCGCCCGCCGCCGGGAGAUGCUCCUCGUGGUCGCCCUGUGGCUGGCGUGGCAAGAAGCGCCGGCGGCGCCGACCCCCGCGGCGGACGACAUCGCCCGAGGAGUUGACUGGCUGAUGAAAUUUGGGUAUCUGCCUCCUCCGGAUCCUGUCACAGGACAACUGCAGACGCAGGAGGAACUCACCAAGGCCAUCACUGCCAUGCAGCGGUUCGGGGGGCUCGAGACAACGGGGGUCCUAGAUGAAGCCACACUGGAGCUGAUGAAGACCCCUCGCUGCUCUCUGCCCGACCUCGCUGCCACAGAGACAAGGAGGAAGCGAUCUGCACAGACUGUCACCAAGUGGAGCAAAAGGAAUUUGUCUUGGAGGGUUCGCACCUUCCCAAAGGAGUCCCACCUGGGCCAUGACACAGUCCGAGCCCUGAUGUACUACGCCCUGAAGGUCUGGAGCGACAUUACCCCGCUGAAUUUCCAUGAGGUGGCAGGUAACAAUGCUGACAUCCAGAUAGACUUCUCCAAGUCAGAUCACAAUGAUGGCUAUCCCUUUGACGGGCCUGGUGGGACAGUAGCACAUGCUUUCUUCCCUGGAGACCAUCAUACGGCAGGAGACACUCAUUUUGACGAUGAUGAGUAUUGGACCUUCAGAUCAUCAGACGCUCAUGGGAUGGACCUAUUUGCUGUAGCUGUCCACGAGUUUGGCCACGCCAUUGGCUUGACCCACAUCUCUGCCAUAGAGUCUAUCAUGAGACCCUACUACCAAGGUCCGGUGGGGGAUCCUCUGAAGUACGACCUACCUUAUGAGGACAAAGUCCGAAUCUGGCAACUCUACGGAGUCAGGGAAUCUGUGUCCCCCACAGCCAAGCCUGAAGUGAGCAAAACUGAUGACCAUCCUAUGCUGCCAGAGCUGCCAGAGAACCGCUCCACUGUCCCGCUUAGGCGGGACGUGCCCAACAGAUGCAACACCCACUUCGAUGCAGUAGCCCAGAUCAGGGGAGAGGCUUUCUUCUUCAAAGGCAAGUACUUCUGGAGACUGACUCGCAAUAAGCACUUGGUCUCCCUCCAGCCGGCUCAGAUCCACCGUUUCUGGCGGGGCUUGCCGCUCAACCUGGACAGCCUGGACGCGGUCUAUGAGAGAACCAGCGACCACAAGAUCGUCUUCUUCAAAGGAGACAGAUACUGGGUCUUCAAAGACAAUAAUGUGGAGGAAGGAUACCCACGGCCGAUCUCAGACUUUGGUCUGCCACUGGGAGGAAUCGACGCUGCUUUCUCCUGGGCUCACAAUGACAAGACUUAUUUCUUUAAGGACAAUCUCUACUGGUGCUACGACGACCACGAGCGGAGGAUGGAUCCUGGGUACCCUUCAGAGACCAUCCUAUGGAAGGGAAUACCAAGCCCUUUAGAUGAUGCCAUGAGGUGGUCAGAUGGUGCAAGUUACUUCUUCAGGGGCAAGGAGUACUGGAAAGUGCUGGACAGUGACCUGGAAGCCCAGCCUGGUUAUCCCCAGUCCAUCGCUAGAGACUGGCUGGUGUGCAGCGACAUGCAGUCCGACUCCCCGGGAGCAGCGGGGAGCAGCAGGACGGGGGCACGCUCCAAACCGGGGCAGCAUGAUGAGAGCCGCUCAGAAAACGGCUAUGAGGUCUGCUCCUGCACCUCGGCCUCCCCAGCCCUGCGGGCUUGCCCUGUGCUCAGACUGUCAGCCAGCCUCAUGCUGACGAGCGUGUGGACAGCAACACUGAUGUGUGCAACCCUAUGACAUCUCAUCCCACUGACGAGAUAACGCCAUGGUGCUCCAGGGAGGGGAAGUGGACACAAUCCCAUGACGCUAACUGUUGCAAGCAGAAAAACAUUCCUAGGAACAUGCUGGUGAAGGGUUUGAAUUCUCCAUGAGAAAUGAACAGUGGUUUUUUGUUUUGUUUUUUUUUUUUUUUCUUUUUACUUUAGUUGAAAGGUCUAAUAACAGAUUUUGAGCUCUGCACCUUCUUAUUCCCCCAUCCGGUUAAAGCUGAGAGCAGCCUGACAUUGAAUUUAGAAAUGUUCCAUAGAGAUGUGUUGCUUCGGAUGUUUAAACAUGGCAAACAAGGGAGGGGAGAGCUACUGUGAUUGAAUGGGAACCGAAGAGAUCCUUCUGAGACAGACGGCAACAUCCCGGAGGAAAGGCAGCAAGGCUAUAUGUGAGAGGCGGUAGUUAUACCCUGACACAAUGUACACAUCCUAUUGGAUGUACUAGGUAGAAAGAAACUUUGACUCCACUAAGAUUAACUGCAAGGUGAUCAUUUUACUGUCAAACCUGCUGUGGUCACUGAUGUCUCGGUAACCUGUAUCAGUUUCUACAAGUCAGAAGCACCUUUGCCUUUCAGGAGGCAGUGCAGCUUCUCUUUGUAUCCGAGUCAUUUGAGUUUAACAGUUUCUCUAAUAAACCUUGGCUGCCUACA